UUGCGAUUUAUUUUGACACCUUUGACGUAAUGAUUUUAAUAUAGUGAUUUAUAUAUUAGGGUUUUUUAAAUUUAUUAUACUAUCGUUGUAGCGAAAUUUGAUGCAAGAUCAAAGGCAGUUAAUUUAAACGUAGGUAGGUAGUUAUAAUGGGCGAUGAGGGUUCCAGAUCGACAAAAGACAGGCGCCACAGGAGCUCCAGUAGUCUUCAUACAGCGGACGGGCGACGGCGCUCUGAGCGAAAACUCAACUUCCGAGAGGUCGAUGAUCAUUUUGCGAUUGCGGAAGCCCGAUGUGACCACUUGCAACAAGAACUAGACUAUGUGCGAACUUUGAAGCGAAGAAAAAAAAUUAAACGACGGAGUUUGACAAAGUUCAGCGAGAGUGGGGCUGUAAGGGAUACUUUACCUCUUAUAUCAAUACACACGAAACCUAAGAAAUUUUACGCUGGCCCGAACAAGACUACAUGUGGGAAAGAACUACGAUCUAAGAACGAAUACGAGCAAGUCGAAGUGACUCCAAAUGAUAAACAUAAAUUCGAGAAGACAACCACCAGUAGAAUGCCGAAACUAGCAGAUGCCGGUAAUCAGGUUUCUGAAAGACAAUACGAGUAUAUCAAAACAACCGAAAACAACAUAGGUGAUGGCAAAAUAGCUUACAAACAAAAUAGCGGUGCAUCAGUCACUGCCGUCAACAAACACCGCCAAGCGCGUGAAGCGUCAAUAGUUGAGCUCUUUAGCAGCAGCAACGGCCGGUCCAAGACUCCGUCGCCUAGGCGGAACACUGCUGCGAUCGAGAGUGACCAAUCCCACGAAGCAGGCGCCGGCGCCGCUGACUCGGAUUCAAACCAGCCAGAGAGGCCGCCCCGCCGUCGAGUCCAGUCCAGCCACAGCUAUGAGCGGCCGACGGUGUCCUCUCAGCUGAAGCAGGCCGCAGUUCAUUACUACCAGCCCUACAGCGCCCAGGGCAACAUCCCCUUCGUGGCCAGCAAGAGCUGCACGCCCUCGCAUAACAUCGGGGUUAACUUGCAGCAGGUUUUAAAUGGCGUCAAAACCAAACAGCCGAUUGGUGGGAUUCCACUCACCAUUGCUCACCACAUGGAAUUCUUUUUUUUUUCAGGUCUUUGCCAUUUACCUGCUACUCAAAAUGGGGCAGAACCAAUGAGGGAGUCGCUGUCGCCGCCCCGCAUGAACGCGCUGUCGGUGGGCGGGCGCGUGCAGCCGCUCUCCCGCAGCGUCUCCUACCGGCGGCUGCUGCAGCGCUGCAGCCAGGGCCAGGGCGUCGUACCCCGGUUCCUGAAGGCCGUGAACCGGCCGCAUGCGUUUUACACGCCCGUGUACAACCUGGGGGAGGACGGCACGGUUUCCCGGACGGCCUACUCCGCCGAGGCGCGGCAGUCGCUGGCCGAGUAUUCCGCCAUGUACCGGGAGUAUGCGGAAGUCCAGCGGCGCCUGGAGCGCGGAGAGCCCGAGGAGGGGCUGGCCGCCCGGCGCGACGAGCUCGCGGCUCAGCUGCACGAGCGGCAGCCGUUCAUCGCUCAGGUGGUGAACGAGGAAGAGGGCCAAACAAAAUAAUCAUCGACUUCUUGGCCACAAUUUAAUUAUAUUUCUGUAUUAUUUUUUUGAAAUGACAUUCUCAUAGACAUUCAAUUAUUUUAUUUGAUAUUAUUAUUUAGCCAUCAUAUAUUUUUUGCCCAACAAUAAUUUUUCAUGGAUUGUUUUUCAAAAUUAUCCUUUGUUAAAGUCAAUUUUGUAUGAAUUUUAUUGUUUUUUUAAUUGUUGACUCAAGAUCAGUUGUUAUUUACCCUAAUUAUACCUAUUGUUUUGAGAUAUAGAUACCUACAGUCAAACUAUAAAGUCCUGACAUCAAAGAGUGCGAUUUUGCUAAGACUUUUUAUGAUUAUAAGGUAUAAAUUUACUUACUUUUACAUACAUUUUAUAAAUAAAAUACCGAUUGAUUAUGGAUUUUUAUUGGAUUUGUCCUUUAAUAAAUAUAACAGAUCGAUUAAAUACGAUCUUAAACAAUUAGUUGGGAUCCACUUCCGUUUUCACGACUUUAUAGUUGGACUGUAUAACUGUUAACUGUACAUGCUAUUGCUAGAAAUGUUUCGAUCAAGCGCAGAUCCUAGUUUGGUAUUACUUUUAGUAGGUCGUAUAGGUGUGUACCUAGUACCUACAUAGAACAACAAGUACAGUAGUAUGUUAUUCUAUGUAGUGUACGUAUCUAUACUAUGUCUAGUGUAACAAUUUAUUUUCAUAUAAAUGUAACUACUCGUACUAAAAGAAGCGCGUAUGGUGUUUGCUAUCUUUGAGAAUCUGUUUUUCAUAUGGGUGUUGUUCUUACCAGUUUAAAUAAAUUUUGAGAUAUUUACUAUUGA